UCUGAGGGCAUCGCCAUUUUGCGAAUGAAAAACACUUCGAUUUAGGGUUUGGCAUACAACGCCGGAUUUCAUAACUUUUAUCAGAUAACACUCCUCGUCAGUGGUACACAAUACGAUCAGAAAUGCCGUUGGCACAAUUAGCGGACCCAUGGAAGCCCAUGGACGUAUCCAACAAUGAUGAGGCUUUCCAAGAAGACAUGGCGGUUGAUGAUCAGAAUGAAGAUGAGAUGGACAAAGAGAUUGAGAUCGGGAGCGACACAUUACAAGGCAAAGAAGGGGAGCGAGUGGACCCUUCCCAUUUUGAACUGCUGAAGGUUCUUGGGCAGGGAUCAUUUGGCAAGGUUUUCUUGGUACGGAAGAUAUCUGGAAAAGAUACUGGUACAUUGUUUGCCAUGAAGGUCCUGAAAAAAGCCACAUUAAAAGUGCGUGACAGACAGCGAACCAAAAUGGAGCGGGAUAUACUGGCUGACGUCAAUCAUCCAUACAUUGUGAGGCUUCACUAUGCCUUUCAGACAGAGGGUAAGCUGUACCUUAUUUUGGAAUUUCUUCGAGGUGGAGACCUGUUCACUCGACUCUCUAAAGAGCUACAAAUUGACGGAUAUUUACCCCAGGUGAUGUUCACAGAGGAGGAUGUGAAGUUCUACCUGGCAGAGCUGGCUCUGGCCUUGGACCACCUGCACUCCAUUGGCAUUGUGUACCGGGACUUGAAGCCAGAAAACAUACUACUGGACUCUGACGGGCACAUCAAGCUGACUGACUUUGGCUUGAGCAAGGAGUCGCUGUUCGAGGACAAGAAGACCUACUCCUUCUGCGGCACGGUGGAGUACAUGGCCCCAGAGGUGGUCAACAGGAAGGGGCACGGCACCGCCGCAGACUGGUGGUCCUAUGGUGUUCUUAUGUUUGAGAUGUUAACAGGUGCUUUACCAUUCCAAGGGAGCAAUCGAAAGGAGACUAUGACACAAAUACUUAAAGCCAAGCUGGGGAUGCCUGGAUUUCUGUCUCUGGAGGCUCAAAGUCUGCUGAGAGCAUUGUUCAAGAGGAACCCACAGAACAGACUAGGUUCCAGUAACAGCGGCAUAGAAGAGCUGAAGUCACAUGCGUUCUUUGCUUCAAUAGACUGGAUUAAGUUAAUGAAACGUGAGGUCAGCCCACCCUUCAAACCUGCUGUGGUUCAGACAGACGACGCAUUCUACUUCGAUCCAGAGUUCACAUCAAAGACACCCAAAGAUUCCCCAGGUAUCCCUCCCAGCGCUACUGCCCAUGAGUUGUUCAGAGGAUUCAGUUUUGUAGCCCCGGCUUUACUGGACGAUCAUCUGCCUUCCAGAAACCCUCUGGACAAUCAAAUCAGUCUUGCUAAGCUUCCUGGUGUUAAGACUAGUGCAUUUAUUGAUGAAUACGAGUUGAAAGAGGACCUGGGCAUUGGUUCAUAUUCUGUCUGUAAGAGAUGUGUACAUCGCCAAAAUGGAAACAGUUACGCAGUAAAGAUAAUGAACAAAGAGAAAGUGGAUCCAUCCGAAGAGGUUGAAAUUCUCCUGAGAUUUGGGCGUCAUCCAAAUAUUAUAACUUUAAGAGAUGUAUUUGACAACGGCCACAAGGUGUACAUGGUGUGUGAGUGGCUCCAGGGAAAGGAACUCCUCGACAAGAUCCUUCAACAGCGGUUCUUCUCUGAGCGCGAGGCCAGCGCUGUGCUACAGGUUGUCACAAAGGCAGUCGAGUACCUGCAUCAGAAUGGCGUUGUUCACAGAGAUCUCAAGCCCUCCAACAUUCUCUACGCAGACACCAGUGGUAACCCAGAGAGUCUGCGCAUCUGUGACUUCGGGUUUGCCAAGCAGCUCCGGGCAGACAAUGGCCUCUUGAUGACGCCAUGCUAUACAGCAAACUUUGUGGCACCUGAGGUGCUGAAGCGCCAGGGUUAUGAUGCAGCCUGUGAUAUCUGGAGUCUGGGAGUGCUCCUCUAUACUAUGCUGGCAGGGCACACACCAUUUGCCAACGGACCCAACGACACGCCAAAUGACAUCCUGGGUCGUAUCGGAGAAGGGAAGUUCAGUCUCACUGGAGGAAACUGGGAUUCCGUCUCCUUACCUGCAAAGGACCUGGUUGCGAGGAUGCUGCACAUUGACCCCCACAAAAGACUGACGGCCCCGGAAGUCCUUAAGCACAACUGGGUGGCCAACAGGGACCAGCUCCCGCACAUGAGACUCACCCUGCAGGACCCACACGCUGUCAAGGGUGCUAUGGCAGCAACAUUCAAGGCAUUAAAUUCCCAGCCCAAAGUCGCCGCCCUUGAGCCUGUGGGGGCGUCUUUCUUAGCCCAACGCAGAGGAAAAGCACGCCCCAAAAGCUCUACAGCAGUAUGACGACCUAUCACCUCCACUAAUGAUAUAUAGGAACAACAGCAAAUGCAGCACAGUGCAUUUUCUCAUUUUAUAUCAUAUAUUUGGCAAUUGAAUUUGUUAUACAUUUUGUUAUUGUUUUUUUUUUUUUUUUUUGGUUAAUUAACGUUUUUUGAUGUUUUGUCAAUGACAUCUCAAGGUCCAAAGUAUUUGAAGUAUAUAUGACUUAACUUUAAAGAUGAAUUCUAUAAAGAUCUACAUAAAUUAUAUUGCUCUUUGUUUGGGGUUAGAAUGUAAGGAUUUGUUGGGAAGGCUUGAGAGCAAUAAAACUAGAUGCCUCAAAGAGAAUUGUGUAAGUUCUAUUUUUUCUUUCUUCACCUGUUAUAUCAUAUUGUAUGUUUGUUCUUUUUACUGAUAUGAAAUAGACUUAACAUUUUUAUACACAUUGUAUCAAUAAAACUUGUUUGAUCUAACCGCAAAUUAAAUUUAUUUGUUGCUAAAUUUAGGUGUACAUGUAAUAAAUUUAGUGACUGUAUUUGUAUGCAGAUAGUACAAGUGCUUAAUAGUUUAUUUGUGCUUUUUUGUACUUGACAGAUUUACAUACCGGUUGUCAUACUUAAUUUGAACAGGCACUGUUAUACUUUUCUAUUCCUGUCAAUAUUGUUAUAGUAUAAAACUAGAAUGUAAUGCAAAUAAAAACUGCAUUUUUUGCUAUACAAUACCCAAUCAUUAUCAUAUGCAGCUCCAUGUCAUACUUCCAUGUAAAAUUUAAUCAAAAACGUCUUGGUUUCUUCCAAUUCUUCAGUUCAAAUUACAUACAUAAAUGUUUGCAUUUGAGCAUUUGGAAUUUCUGACUACUUGAUUUAGAUUUUCUAUUGAUAAAGAUGGAAAAAAGAAUGCUGUUAUCAAUAUGUUGUUAUGUGUUAAACUAUUUUGCCUUUUUUAUCUCACAUAUUCUAAUUGUGAUGUUGUUUAAAUACUAACUUUUUGUUGCAGUUUGCAGAUGUUUCACUGAACAUGUUUUACCCUUUACCACUUAGAUAGGUAUUUGGAUGCAUUUGUAGUCGCUUAGAAAGGUAAAUUUAAUUAAAGGCCUUUCAUACUAUAUUCAAGUCUAUAAGGCUUCAUUUCCUUAGAUAUUGAUGAGAAGCAAACAUCAUAAAACCUGAACAGACUGCAAGUAACUCGCAGGCUGUUCUGGUUUUAUGCUGUUUGCACAUAGCCAUUUUCACUUUGCUUCUGAGUGGGAAAGUGUUAAACAGUUAGUGCUAUUAGAAACUUAAAUUUAAUUGUAUGGGUAGUUUGCAUUAUACUUUUUAUACGCCCGUAUAAAAUACGGGACGUAUUAUGUGAAACCCCUUGGCGGGCGGGCGGGCGGAAGGCAUCACUUUGUCCGGACUCUAAUUCAAAUUGUAUUCAUCCGAUCUUCACCAAACUUGGUCAGCAGUUGCAUCUAGUUGAUAUCUAGGCCAAGUUCGAAUAUGGGUCAUGCCGGGUCAAAAACUAGGUCAUAGGGUCAAUAAGUGCAUUUUCAAAGGGGCCACUUUGUCCGGACUCUAUUUCAAAUUGUAUUCAUCCGAUCUUCACCAAACUUGGUCAGCAGUUGCAUCUAGUUGAUAUAUAGGCCAAGUUCGAAUAUGGGUCAUGCCGGGUCAAAAACUAGGUCAUAGGGUCAAUUAGUGCAUUUUCAACGGCGCCACUUUGUCCGGACUCUAAUUCAAAUUGUAUUCAUCCGAUCUUCACCAAACUUGGUCAGUAGUUGCAUCUAGUUGAUAUCUAGGUCAAGUCCGAAUAUGGGUCAUGCUGGGUCAAAAACUAGGUCAAAGGGUCAAUUAGUGCAUUUUACUUUGUCCGGACUCUAAUUCAAAUUGUAUAAAUCUUAUCUUCACCAAACUUGGUCAGUAGUUGCAUCUAGUUGAUAUCUAGGCCAAGUUCGAAUAUGGAUCAUGCCAGGUAAAAAACUAGGUCAUAGGGUCAAUUAGUCCAUUUUCAACAGCGCCACUUUGUCCGGACUCUUAUUCAAAUUGUAUUCAUCCGAUCUUUACCAAACUUGGUCAGUAGUUGCAUCUAGUUGAUAUCUAGGUCAAGUUCGAAUAUGGGUCAUGUCGGGUCAAGAACUAGGUCAUAGGGUCAAUUAGUGCAUUUUCAACGGCGCCACUUUGUCCGGACUCUAAUUCAAAUUGUAUUCAUCCGAAACUUUUAAACAACUUUUUAUCCUGCGUCAAAGUGGUAUGGGGGUAUAAGUCACAUUCAGUGACAAAGCUCUAGUUCAAGUUGAAUUCACCAAACUUGGUCAGAGGUAGUAUAUAGAUUAUAUAUCAGUCAGGUCUGAUUGGAGACAUGCAACCGAUUAACACAUGCAAUAUUUUUAUGCAAUAUUUUUAUCCAGUUUUAUUUUGCGAUAUUUUCAUCGGGUUUAUUUUUUUCGCGAUUUUUGAAAUUUUUUUUUGCUUAUUUCCAAAACAAAUACAUCAAUCAUCAGUGUAUCAUCUCCAAUGGCACACGAAUCGGGCGUAUAUUGCUCCGUCAUGCGGCGCUCUUGUUUAUACUGCAUACCUUUAUCUGCAUAAUACUAAUAAACUGUUUACCUAUUCUUUAAACUGUUCAAGUCAUGUUGUAACGGUAAUAGUUUUCUUACCAAACUGAUAUUGAUGAUAUCAGCUAUGGAAUGCCUUGAUUGUUUUAAAGCUCAGUCCGAAGAAGUACAGUCGGAGAAAUAUUCGAAAUAAAUUUAGCAGUGAUACUUCAUGCAAAGUCUUUGCUGUAACAUAUAUAUAUACCAUGUAUGGCGUAUAUACGUGUAGAAAAGCUUGACUUCUUCCGAAGCUGCCCGAAGCCAAUCCCGCGUUUGCUCGUAAUUGUUCGGAUGUUGUAGUGAGAAAUUCACAUGGAAUAUAUUGUGACACAAAAAAAUAAAAAUGAGCCUUUUGUAUCACGUUAAAUCUAUUUUACCAGACCCCAUCUAGCGUUUAAAAUUUGGCUAAUGCUAUAAGGAACAUUGAUUUUGAUUUAAUUUUUUUUUUAUUUUUCGAAAUAUUGUACGAAAUAUUCGCAGAUUUUGAGUGUUUAUGGGCUUUUUAGUAAUCAUACAUCAAUAGUUUUAAUAGGAAAGCUUAUUGUAUAGACAUGUCCUUUACUCUUUUUUUCUGAAACCUAGUUUUUUCUGUGUUUAGUUCAUUCCAUUACGAAAAUGAGCUUCUGAACAAUAUGAUUUUGUGCUAAAUUCACAUGCUUUGUUUAAGCAUUUCAUUCUAUGCCAUGCAGUCAUAAUCUAAAACCAAAAGAAAAACUAAAAAGUAUCAUUUCAUUCUUGCUGUGUGUAUAACAUCAUUCAAGCAAAAGGCAAAUCAAUUCAAAUAAAGUUGUUGAACGUCAUUUCAGGUAUGAAAGUUGUGUUGGACCCAAAGACUAAAAAUUGCAACAAUUGUUAUAUACAGCUUCUCAAUAAUACCAAUUAACGAAUUCUUAUGCAUGUAAAAAAAUACAGUUGUUGCAUACUUAAUUGUUUUGUUACAAUUGUGUGAAUCAAAUGACUGAUGUAUUGACAAAUUGAAAUCACAUUAAAAACUUGACUGUGUGUGUUUUUAGGGGGCUUUUAACAGAAAUAACUUAAUGAUAGCAUUCAAGCAAUUAUUAUUCCUUGAACUGGUUCUGCCCAGGAAAUAGGCACAAAUAGUGGAGCAUUCAAGCUGUCUUUCUGAGGUACUGAUUAUACCCAGAAAUUAUGAAAUUUGACUGGAUAAAACUUUUAGCUUCCUUGUCGUAGUUUAUUUGCUAGAAUUACAGUAAGUCCAUGCGUUGGACAAGACAUAUCAAUGUGUGUAACAGCACCAUGUUUAUGAAUGAUCACCUUUAUUGCUUGGUUUCAACUGUUUAGAGUGUUAAAAACUUGUUUAUGUCAGUUAACUUUAUUUCUAGUGUUAAAUACCGUUAAAUACAUUUGGAAGUGUUCUUUGUAAAUUACAUUUCUCAUUAGUAUUAUAUAGGUAAUGUACAUGAUAACUAUCACUAUUUUAAAGAAAAGUUAUUAUUGUUGGAUAGAAUGAAAUAAAAUAGACAUUUAUAAAAUGGUCCAUUAUACUCGCAAUAACUUUAUCUGUUGAAGUCUGUACCUGCUUAUAAAUUGUAUAGUUGCUGUUUUGUCCAGUCGAUUGGUAGGUCAGGGAACAGUUUUAUGUUUAAAUACCAUGUAUUUCUUAUGAUUAAAAUGGAAAUCCCUAUGGGUGACUAUUCCAUGUUUUUCAGUGAUAAAGUAUGCUUUAAACUUGACUGUAAUUGUUUGCAUAAUAAAAUAUCUUAAUUUUCAUAAUUGUAUUGAAUGAAGGAACAGGUUUUGAAGGUUGCAUGUGAAACUGUUGUAUUUCAUAUAAAAAUGUUGAGAAGAUGCAAAUGUUUGAUGCUUACCUUCUGAAUUUGAUGCUUAUAGGCUGUCUGUGAAUACAGCUGGUGGCAUAACUUAGUAUGAGCUCUUAGUGUUUGUUCACUGCUCACAAUGGCUAAGCUUUCCACAGAAACGUGUGAAUAUGUAACAGUAUAAACUAAGAAUUGUAGUAUUUUCUACAACGUGUACAGAUUAUGUUAUGAUAGAAUAAAUGCUAUUGUAUAAUCUUCAUUGUCAAAAAGAAGAUGCACUCAGUAAUAAUUUAAUAUGUCUUAGUUAUAAAAAUGUUUUCAUGCAAAUCUGCAUUUCAUUUACAAAUCACAACUUCCGUGUUGUUGUUUUCUAAUGGUUGCAUUUUGUCAAACAGCUUUUUAUGCCUCUGGUAGAGUGGCAUAUAGCAUUUGAACUGUCUGUCCGUCCGAAAACCUUAACAUUGGCCAUAACUUUUGCAAUAUUGAAGACAGCAACUUGAUAUUUGGCAUGCAUGUGUAUCUCAUGGAGCUGCAUAUUUUGAGUUUUGAAAGGUCAAGGUCAUCCUUCAAGAUCAAAAGUAAAAAAAUACAAUCCAAGGGAAGUGAUAAGCCUUAAAAGGGAGAUAAUUUCUAAAUCUGCCAAAUGAUCUAUUAAAAUUUUAUUUCAAAGCGGGUUCUUUCUGAGAACGUUCACAAUAUCCUACAGAAACGAAGUACCCAAGAGAUGGAAUGGAAUGUACAAGUAAGGCUUAGCGUUUCAUGCUAAAAUAAAUUUUGGAAUCAUCAAGACAAAUGGGGGAAAAACUAGUAGCUACUAAGUAUGCAUGUUAUAUCGUAUAUCUAAAUGCUGACAUCUCAUUUUAUAACUUGGAAUCUCUGAAACAUUGACCAAUACGGUGCAAAAUGAUAAGUGUGAAUUUCAUAGCUGUUUGACUAAGUUGCUUAUUCAUAUUCAUACAUAUUUACAUGGUCAUCCGUCAAACUUAUACUUGUGUGAUUUUUGUUUUGUUAAUAGUUUGCUUAAUUCAAAAUAUUAUGUUGUCCUUUGAACACUUAUGAUGUUACAUUGCAUUCUCACUGAAGUAAUAUGUCAAUGAGGCAUUUAGUUCAUAUAAUUCAAGAUAUUGGCGGUCUUUUAGCACACCAAUUUGUGCAACAGGCAACAAAGAAUCGUCUAAAGUAGAAACAACUAUUAAUACUGUUCUUGUUUCCAAUGACUGGAAGAAAAUCUUUAACUUACUUUGAUUAUCAUGAACAAAUUUUAUUAUCCAAAUGCACUUUUUUUUGUUCUAUUUCAAAUAGAAUAUAUGUGCAUAUAAUGCGGAAUAUUGUGACAAAGUGGUGUACUCAAAGAUCAAUGAAUGUUUAUUGAUACAUAAUGGACACGUUUCACCUCACUUCCCAGUAUGUUUGUGGUAUGUUUGAACGUUCUGGUAAAUAAUUGUUACAUUAUAUUGUUGAUUUUUUUUUCUUAAUCUUUUUUUUUUUUGGUUUUCUGAAUAAAAUAUUUGAGAAUAAAAUAUUUAAUUAUUGUAUUUAUUUUCGGGCUGUAUAAAGAAAACAAAUAUAUUUUUCUUAAAUGGAGGUAUUAUGCAAGUUAAAUAAUUAAAUCAAAACACUUGUAUUCCAAUAUUUAUAUGUAAUAUAUAUUGCAAUACAGUUAUUGGUAAUGCCUUUUAAUUAAGAACCAAUAAAAAAUGUAAAGCUUUAAAUGCAUUUCACUUAUUUGUCUUUGAGAAGUGUGUAGAAAAUAAUUUGCUAAUCUUAACAUAUAAGAUGCUGUUUGAAUGUUUUUUUACUAAAUAGAUGGAUAAAAUGCCCUUUCUUUGAGCUAUGCGUUUUUAACCAGUGACAUAUUGUGUCAAUUUGUCAAUGUGAUACACUUGCAAGGUGUCAACAGUUUAAACACUACAUUAAUUUACAUACCUUGAUGUUUUAGGACUUUUUCAUUUGAACUGUAAUGAAUUACUAUUACGUUUGAACUUAACCCAUUUAUGCCUAGCGUCUAGAAAAAAAGGCCUUUGAAAACAGCCUAGACCCAGAUGAGACGCUGCAUGAUGCGGCGUCUCAUCAGGGUCUGCGCUGUUUGCUGAAAGGAAUUUUUGUAAGUAAUAUUCUAAAUAUAGAAAUAAAUAUACUAGACAUCCCUAAUUUUGGAAAUAAAUUGAUCCAAUUUAGAAGGAUGGGAGAGUCCACUAGGCAUAAAUGGGUUAAAGAACAUACAUAUGAGCUUAUAGAUACAUCCAUCAUCAUUUAGCACUUGUCGUCUGUAUAUAUUUCCAAAUAUUAUGUAUGCAUUGAAAUAUGUUUGUUUUUUGUUCCAAAAUGUUCUUAAGUGAUGAUUUUUGGUGAAAUUUAGUGGCAGAUAACUGUAAGCAAAAUUACAGUGAGUAACUUAUAAAUGUGCAACAGCAAUAUUUAGUGUAGGUUCAUGUUUGAAUGUAAUUAAAACACCUGAUGGAGCGUUUACCUUUACAUUUAUAGGUGCACACAUUCUUUGGUUGUUGUUUAUUUUCUUGUUUCUGAAGCUUGUUUUACGUUUGUGCAAAGAGUUAUACACACAUAUUCCCACAAUGUGUGUAUUUCUCCCUAAUGUUAAUAGAUUAACUACAAUUUGAACUUUAUAUACUUUAUUGUUUUACUUAUCUAUAAUAAUUAAAUGAGAAUAACAACUUUGGAACUAUUCCAUAGUAUUUAUUAUUACGGUACAAAUUAUUUUUUCUACAAUAUCACUGACUUCUCUAACUUAUAAUAUACAAUUGCUUGCAGUAAACUGUAUCUAAUGUAGUGUACCACAAAACUAGAAACACAUUAAUAUUAGUUGGUAAAGCAAUUGUGUUAUCUACCAACCAUCAGUAAACAGGGCAAGUUGCAUUUGCAAGGAAAAAAAUCUUCAAUUUACAUGUAUAUAUAAAUUGAUUUGUUUUGAGAAAUUCGAUGUAAACUGGCUUGCAGUAAAUAAAAUUGCUGUAUCAAUAAUUUAUUUGUUUACAAAAAAUACUAUUUAUCAUUCGAAAACAAGGCCUGAGUAAUAGAUUGUGACCAAUAUAUUGUUUGCUAGGAUUUAUAAAAGCGUUUUUAUCGGACUAGUUUUAUAAAGAGCAUAAAUUUGCAUUUAUAUUAACAAAUAUCAUGUAAAUUGUUCUUGUAAUUAAAUAUAUUUACAAUAGUGUGAGAUGACGGAUAUGUUACAAAAUAUGAAAAAUGUCUUAAUUAUUUUGAUGUAUUGUUUCUUCUGUUAGUACAAUUUUUUUUUUGUAACCUGUAACCUUUGUUAGAACUAUGUGUAUAUUGUAUGUAGUUAAAAUGUGCUCACUUUAAAGUGCUGUUUAUUUCCUAUUAUUAAAUAAAUGAAUAAAUUAUAUAUACAGUU